GUCAUUUCUUGAACACUCAACUCCGUCCAUUGCUUGGUGAGAGUAUGAGUAUCAGUCAAUUGAUUGUGGUAGAAACGUUUGCUUAAGUCUUCGUCUUCUUAGUUCCACUUCAUAUUUGCCACUCUCCAUAUUUGUUUUUCUCCUACCUUUAUCUUCAUCGUCUUCUUUAACAGGAAUACUUGAUAAAUAAAGGCAAAAAAAAAAUGAAUCGAAGAUUCGGAGGAGGAAAGCAACCAACAGGAACUCCAUCAAUGGCUUGGUCUACUGCUAUUGUCGUUGUUUCCCUCCUUGCUGAUGCCUCCGUUGUUCACAACUUUUUCAAACCUGAACUGAUGCAGGUAUUGAUUUACCCGGUAGCGGGUUGAGCUGGUUGAGGAUUUGCUAUCAUAGCUGAGCAAGGUGACCGCCAGCGUUCGCGGCACUGGUUUUCUUCCUUUUUGAUUCCAGAUUAUAUCCAUGUAUUUUAGACCGUGUAGUUGUAUCAAAAAUCCUUCUAGAUGCUCGUGACUUGUGACACCCCGGUCGGGCUGCGUUGAGUUGUAAAUUUCGUUAAUUAAUGCCAUUAAUUCGUAUUUUUGCUUUUCAUUUAUGUUUAAUUAUUUGGAAGGGAUCUAAUUUGGUUAGUUGGCUGGCCUUGUCUUCCCGAGAGGCGCCAUCACGACUAGUUUGGGGAACUGGGUCAUGACAGUUAGUUACCAUCUUUAUCGAGAUAUUAAUUAAUGCUUAUAAUAUUUUGAAGUGAGUGGUUUGCUAAUGUUAAUGUGUUUUGUAGUGGUGGAUGAUGGGAAUUGCUCAAAGGAAGGCGAAAUCCCUAUGAAUAGUGGGUAUGAGGAAAAUGGUAAUUACGGCUUCCUGCUCAUUAAUCCAAAAGAUGUUGAUGCAAAAACCAAGUCUUUACUUCAGGAAGUAUUAAGAAUUUAUUCAAAAGAGCUACCAGCAAUGAACUCUGCUGCAAACACAGGAAAAGAAUCACAAUUCCUUGAAAGAUGUGUAUCAAAUGGGAAGUACUGCAUGCUAGUUCUGAAAACCAAGGAUGACAUAGAACCUGGGGAGGUUGUUAGGAUCGAAAAAUCAGGUGUCAUGCGGAAGCUAGCAAAGCAAACCUUGAGCGACGAUAAAUCAUACAACAAAAGAGAAGUCAUUGCUGCAAUGACUUAUCAAAUAGUUCCAGCUGAUAUGCAAAUUGCUGAGGUUCCUCUUGCGUCUGUUAAAUCGGUGUACCAACUCAAGGGUUUUUCAGUUAUUGGUCAAGUUGACACGAAAGGCAGAGCUCGCAGGCUCCCCGUUAAGGCUGAUAUUCAGAAAGCAUUGUGUUUUCCUGGUGGUUCAUAUCUCAUGAUUUCUCAUUUCAACAAGGACAACUUACACGAUUCUGCAGUGUAUCUAAGUCUCAAAUUUCCCUUAAAGCCUUCAGGAGAGGAUUGCCAAUCUCCAGUUCUUCAAGAACAAAGAGAAACUGUGUCUGAUGGAAAUGACCAUUCCCACAAUGUUCUUGUUCUACGAGAUGGACAUCUUAAGAGUGUGCAAAAUUGUCGCAGCACGUGCAAAGCUUGGAUACUGUCACCAAGUUGGUUGAAAGAAAGUGUCCGCACUGGCAAAUUUAUAGAUGAAAUGCCAUUUAAUUUGAGGGAUGAAGACUAUGAACUGAAGUACAAAACUAAGCUUAAAGGGGCAGUUAUUAGAGCAAAAACAUACCCCCAAGCUCUGCUCAAGGGGUAUGACAUACAUCUUGCAGCUCAUGUUCAUCCUCCAGUUGGUACCUUAUCAGCCAUUGUAAAAUCUGCAGGAGGAAAUGUUAUACAUGGACUAGAUCAAGUGAAAGACUAUUCUAAAACGAUAUUCGUUGCAUGUGAAGAAGACAUGGAUGAAGCACUGUCAGCGGUGAAGAAAGGAAUUUGGACUUUCAGUAGUGAUUGGUUUAUGAGCUGCAUAAUGAAACAAGAGCUUGACUUAGGAGCUCCUCAAUUUGCAGAGUCCCUCUGAUGCACAUAUAGAAUAUGAGCAAAGUGAUGUGAUAAAAUAUGAAAAAUUGUGAAUAUUUCUGAGGAAGGAAACUUGAAAAAUAAAACUUGGGAUAGUAUAUAUGCUGUUUGUUAAUAGUUUCAGAUGUUUCCAUUCUAAAUUCUAAUAUCUUGUCUGUACUUUUAAAUGGUUGUAAUGGACAUUUUUCCUCAUCA